AUGUACGGAUCAACAGACGAACGCCCACUCGCACUCUCUUUCGGCGAUUUCAAAUUCCUCAUCAGAAACAGCAUCAAGGGAAUGAAGAAUUUCCUGUCAUCCAUCAAACACGGCAAGCGCGUUGACACCGACGGGUUCACAAUGCUAGAGCCCAGAACAAGGAUAAAGGGGAGGAAGGCCAGUGUGCUGAUCAGUCACAUGCCUCCUGCUACAUAUGACCAAUUUAAGAAUUCAGUCAUAUUCUGCCGUCGAACACGUGGUACAAUUCAUGAGAAUGGAGAGGGUCGUUGGGCGAGCAACGAGUAG